ACUCAAAGUUUAUUUAACCAAACAAGUCUCUUUCGUAUCUUCCUACCACAUUGGCAAGGAUUUGAGAAAGUUAAAAAUGGAUUUCACUUCUAGAUGUUCUCUCAAGCCUUUCAAUUUCACUUUUCUUCUCCUUUGGCUAUCACAUUUUCAGGCUGCUCAAUCUUUCACAAACUUCAUAUUUGGAGACUCAUUGGUAGAUGUUGGAAACAACAACUAUAUCUUCACUCUAUCGAAAGCUGAUUCUUCGCCUUAUGGCAUCGAUUUUGGACCUUCCAAUGGCCAACCCACGGGAAGAUUCACUAAUGGUCGAACCAUUUCUGAUAUCGUGGGUGAAGCCUUAGGAGCAAAAUCAGCACCACCUCCAUAUCUUGAACCAAACACUGAGGCUAACACAAUUCUCAAUGGAAUCAACUAUGCUUCUGGUGCGGCUGGAAUCUUGGACGACACUGGACUUCUUUUCCUAGGAGCUAGGAAGUUCGUGGUGGUUGGAGUAGGGCCACUAGGUUGCAUACCAUUUGCUCGUGCCUUGAAUUUAAUACCAGCCGGAAAAUGCUCCGAACAAGUCAACCAAAUAGUCCGAGGUUAUAACAUGAAGCUUAGACACUCUCUUAAGACACUUAACACUGAGUUAAGAUCUGAAGAUUACAACACUACAUUUGUUUACGCCAACUCUUACGACCUAUUCUUGAAACUGGUUUUGAACUAUCGACAGUUUGGCUUGGAGAAUGCAGACAAGCCUUGUUGUGGCGGCUACUUUCCACCAUUUGCAUGCUUCAAGGGACCGAAACAGAACUCAAGCCAAGCGGCUUGCAAGGACCGGUCCAAGUUUGUCUUCUGGGACGCGUAUCACCCAACCGAAGCUGCCAAUCUCAUUGUUGCCAAAGCACUUCUUGAUGGUGACCAAACUGUGGCUACACCUUUCAACAUUCGUUAUCUUAACGAUCUUUAAUUACUAACCUAAUAUCCGUGUGAUUCGUAACCACAUAAAUAUAAUCAGUCACAUGUC